AUGGAGCGGAUUGGUUUGUUUGAUAGCAAGAGAAGAGAAAUUAUGGGAUUAUGCAAGAAGGUGUCAAAGAAAUCAUCCGAAAACCACGUGAUGGCGACAAGCCACCCGACCACCUACUACCAGCUGCGAAUAGCAGUCGACGUCACAAACUGCUUUCAUCUGCUCAACUUCAGCGUCAACGUCAUCCUCUACAGCAUCAUCAACGUCAAAUUUAGGAGAACAAUCAAGAAAUUAUUCUUCAGCAGGUGCUGCAAUAGCAGGUCGCUCACACGUGAAGCUCAUUCAGCAGCUUUCACCGCGGCUCCCCUCACUGCAACCACAGUCACUGCAACCGCUUCUAGUACUAUUAAUGGAUGCAAACAUCUAACGAGGAGGUGCGAUAAUGCUCGUCUGAGAGGCGAUGGAGAUGAUGCACAGAGAAGGAAUUUCGGUGGUCUUGGAAGCUGCCUCAGCUGCGGCUGCUUCGGAUUUUCCAUCCGCGCUUGCGUCAGAUAG